AUGAGUCCUGCAGCGAGCGGGAUCCCAAGGUACUAUGAAGAUAUAGAUAUAGCAGCGUCUCCGUAUGAGACGUGGAUGGCGUUGCCGGCACCUUGGCCGCCGACGACAUUGAUGAAAAAUAGAGCAUACGUACUCCAUGUUUCCUCGUGCCAGAUCCGUCCAGACCAUCACCAUUGCGAUGCAGCGGGCCACGCCGACCAUGAGCACGCCUGCUCGAUACGCAGGAAGGUCCGGGAGUGUCGCCCACGCUAG